UAUAUGCCACACUUUCUACAAAAUGUGGACUUGUCAAACAGCUGGUUGUAAAAUUUGUGAAAUUUUCGAUUCUUUCAAUUUUAUUUGUUUACAAAAUGGAACCAAAGAAAAUAUCAUUUGGUUUUACUAAAGUCGAUAAAAAACUGAAUUUAUUGCCGAAGACAAAUGCUUCCAAAAGUGGAACGAAAGUGGAAUUAAUUAAAUGCUUGGAAGACCAACAAAUCAAAUUGAUAGAAAAAAAACAGAAAGAGGCGCCUUUAAUUAUCCCCGUAAAAGGGAAUGAAAUCAACAUUAAGGCUUUGGCGAGUUUAAAGAGGAGAAGAGCCGUCUUGUUAGGUGAACAAGAUGUAGAAGAUCGUAUAAAUGGUGACAUUAACAAUAGCUUAAAUCAUGAAAAUCACGACAAGGAAACACUUGAGCAAAGGGCUGCCCGUGAGCUCUUGGAAGGAGUUCAGGGGAACGGUUUUCAGAACAUUGCUUCUAACUUAAUUUUGCCUAUAGUAAAAUCUGAAGAAUUACCUUUGGACGGGGCCAAAGUAUCUACUUUGGACGAUUAUGAGUCAGUACCUAUACAGGAAUUUGGCAAAGCGAUGCUUAGAGGUAUGGGUUGGGUAGAACCCUUUAAACUCGUCGUAAAUAAAUCGAUUUCAGAAGAAAUACAACGGGUAAGACCUAAAGGUAUGGGCUUAGGUGUGGAUAAAGUCCUCAAACCCAAGCCUUUAUUAAUUCCACCAGAGAGCAAUGAAGUGUUAGAAAUAAAGCGCAAUGCCUUUGUACGUAUUUUGGGCGGCAAACACAAAGAUCUCUAUGGCCAAAUAGAAGGAUUUGACGAUCAUGCAGGUCGAAUUAUAGUCAAAAUGGCUGUAGGCGGUCUUAUUGAGGCAUUUAAUGAAUUUUUAUGUCAGCCAGUGUCGCGUAAAGAAUACGCACAAUAUGGCAAAUACAUCAAUAAUGCAGAAUUUCAAAAAUAUAAGCGCACAGAAGCUGCGGUCCGGCCAGAAAAAAGGCGUGAAGGAGAAUGGGUACAUAACCAAGGUCGCUGGAAAUCACUAUCCUCUUCACAAUGGCAAAGCAAACCUUCCACAACCUCUGAUUCAUCUAACUCUACAAAAACAGAUAGCAACUCGGACUCAGCAUAUGAGCAACAAAAUACAUCUGAUAGUAAACAAAAGAAGAAAAAAAUUAAAAAAUUAAAAAAAAAAAAAAGUAAGCAUAGCAGGAAUAACGAAAUAGAUUCUAACUCGCCGAAUACGGAAAGCGAGCUUGAAGAAGAGGAAAAACGCAAAAAACAUAAGAAGAAAAGCAAAAAAAGCAAAAGACAUCGUGAACGUUCACGUUCCAGAGACAAACAAUAAAUUUUCAAAUAAGUAAAAAAAAUAAUAUAUGACAUACGUUGAGUCUUUUAGGACCCAAUUAAUUGUUUUUCUUCACUAUAUUUCAUAAAUUGUAGAAAUAUUCCUGAACGAGCGACAAUAAGAGUGGGAGUCUUAAGCCUUAAGUUGUUGUUUCCUGUAUUCUUCUCAAGCAUUGUAAAUAUUUUCAAAGCAGAUGCUGGUGGCGUCAGUUAAAGUAACCAACAAAAAGACCUAUUCGAAAAUUUUGCCAAAUGAAGGGGAAAACAGCACGUUUAACAGAGCAAACCUAUCAAUUUUAAAUAUGCCAUGACUAGUAAAUUGACAACGAAUUAAGAUAUAUUUAUUCAUUUUGUCAAAACGAUUGCGACAUCCGGAAAAAAACUUUCCUAUAAUGUAUAUAGAUUCUGAAUCAAUUUGACACUUCCCGUCUGUGUGACGCCUACGGUAAAGAUUCUCUUCGUUGCACGUAUUAGUUUGUCGGCUUUAAAAAAUGGAAAGUUCAUGCAUGUAAAUUGGGCCUAAAAAUGCGCCGCAUUUGUCAAAGGACAUGGCUACAAAGCAAACUAAACUGUCUUCAAAGGCAAAAUAUUUUUUUUUGUGAUGGUCGCUCAAAUACAGCGACAGAAAUUUUCAUAUACUUUCUAUACAAUGAUCGAACCUACAAAAACGGAAAAGCAGUCGCGACGCUUAGUUUUUUCAAUUUUUUUUUAAACGAAAGUGGUAAUUAUAGAAGGUUCGACUAUACCCGAAUAUCAUUUUUGUGCUGAAGGAAAGAAAUUUUAUUCUCAACUUAGAUCCACAUUCAGAUAAGAAAGGCCCAACAAUAGAAAAAAAUAUGCAUAAUACACAUGUAUAUUCAGGUAUUUGGCAAGACUUUUGUCGGAUGUUUUUCGGUCAAAUACGUUUUACCUCUUCCUAGGCAAAAAGGUCUGAACAUCAUGAUCUUCCGACUCUCCUACAUUUCUACAUUAGUAGGUCUCCGCUGGCGUAAAGUCAAUGAAAUAAAAAAGUUGGUAGUGUUUUUAUUUGAGUUAUUUGCGCUUUACUGUUAAACUUACUUUAAACUUUUAUGACAUUUUAUGAUAAAUUCUUAAUUUCUAAUGACUGAAAAGAUCAAACACAAUAAACGAGUUUGUGUGCUGAUGCAUUAUUAAUUUUUUUAUUCAUUAAAAAUGCGUAACUUUUUUUCUAUUUCUGAGAGCACAAAAUCUAAGUCGAAGUAUUUUGUACGCUCUAAAAUAAAUUGUUUUUUCUUUCUCCAAAUUUAUAAAUUUUCUAGUUCAUAUUUUAUUUCCUUUCA